CACGGUGGUACCUGGUUCAUGGGAGGGGACGGAUGCCGAAUAGGCAAUCCAGGAAACCUCGUGGUGACGCCUAUACGAAGCCCCACAUACAGUGGGGAAGUGAUGUUGGACAUGCAACACUCCGGCCGUGAAUUGUGCUCAUGGCUUUCCACGAUAGAAAAGGCGCAUCGUGUCAUGGUCCCUGCGUGGCAAGAGGAGCAUCUCAAGAGAAGAUCUAAUACGUCCUUUUGGAACCUGUACAGAAGAUUUAAACUGUGGCGGCGAAGCGUCCCAAAAGUGGAAUUCGAAGUUGAAAUUGUGUACUUGGAUCUUUGGAACAAAGAUCGCUACGGCCACCCACUGCCGUGGGCGGUGGCAUUGUUUAGGUACAAGUGCCCCACCCAUGAAGUGGGCUACGGACUCUGGGAUCAUUUAGACGGCGAAUUUUUCUCCCUUAGCACAGAUCCCAUGUCCCCUACUGAGGUUCACCUCCUCUUACAACCGAGACCGGGAUACAACCAGCCCCUUCAGGUAGAGGCCAGCAACUGGCAAUACCUUUCGGGUUUUGUCUCUGGUAUGCGACGUGGUCGGACCCGAGACGAAAGGGAAAUGCAGGAGAGUUGGGCUUGGGCGGCUUCUCUUUACGGCGGGCUCAAGUCUUUCAUGACAGUUAGCGGGAAAAUCAGCGACUUGUGGAUGAACAAUGGCAAGUGCUAUUUUAGGUGGCCAUUGCACGUGGAAUGGAACAUUUUCGAUGACACAGUGUGCGAGCGUCUUCACCGCGAUGCAAAUGCAAAUGUUGUAGGGGCUUUAAAAGCAGCAGCUCUCCCUACUGUCAAGAUCCACGUUACUGGCAUUGAUUUGUUUAGGUACUCCCGGCCUGUUCUUUGGGGCGUUUUAGACGAGGGAAUUUUAAGUAUUAAUGCAGGAACGGGAAUUCUGCGGCUAGAGAUUGACACCGACCCAAGGAAUGUUCCAAAUUUCGAGCGCUUUAAAUCCACAGCGGAAACCACAAGGGCUGCUGGUCUUGUGGUCAAAGGCAUGCG